AUGGCUUUGUUUGCACGAUGGGGACCACUGCCGUUGUGGAACAGAACGAUACAAACGGUUGGCUACCGGCUGCAAUCGACUCGUUUGCAGGAAGAAGGUUCCCGCACCGGUGUCGAGGAAGAAGAAUUUCGUGUUUUAAACUUAAAGCAAACAAAGUCUCAGCGACUAACUCGCCGGAAAGCUAUCCGUCCGGAUGUACCACCACCUCGAUCACAGCAGAUGGCAACGGACCAGGAUUGGGGUGCCGUAUGGCCAGGACCACGGUCCUUCAACCCGUCCGUUGUACCGCUUCCGAUACGUCAGGGAUACGUCUCGAAACGCAACCAAAUGGCACCGGGCAAGUUUGCCAACGCGGAGCUGAUGAAGAUUCCGAAUUUUCUGCAUCUGACGCCGCCCGUGAUCAAGCGACAGUGCGAAGCGCUGAAACAAUUCUGCACUCCAUGGCCAAAGGGGCUCGAGACGGAGGAGAAAAUGCGGGCACACUUCCCGAUGACUUGCGUCACGUCUGAUUACUGUCACGCCCUGCCAACCAUCAGAAAUCCAUUGUCCCGCAUUGUGACGGUACAGCUGGCGCUUGAUGUGUUGCAGCUCGACCGGCACGCGAAGGAUAAGCUUUUGCGGUUGGUCGGUGAGCGAUACGAUCCCGAAACGGAUCUGCUUACGAUCGUAACCGACCGGUGUCCAUUGAAAAAGCAGAACUACGAUUAUGCGAUCUAUUUGCUGAUCGCGCUCUAUCACGAAUCGAACACGGUGGAACCGUGGGAAGCGACCAAGAGCGAGGCCGACAUGGAGUAUUUCGAGUUCGAGACGAGUCGCAGCAAGCGUAAUGCCGAAGCGACGCUCAAUUGGGACCGGAAGGAGGGUGACAGCGGGUGGGUACAGGUGCCGGAAGCGUACGCAGACGCGGUCUCCAAGCUGUUCAACGAAGGUGAAAACGAGUAUAAUUUAAACAAAUAUAAGGAACAAACGUUAGGCUUGUUAGGAUUGAGUGAGGGUGCGAAGUAA